AUGGAGCAGGAUCGACCGCCCUGUGGAACAUCAGGACAUCCCGGAUCAAUACGACCAACAGAGAUGGAAACAAUGACGACCGCAUGCGACGACAAAGAAAGAGCUAAACACCUACGCGAAAGUACGCCCAACGAAUGGCGCUGCUGUACCCUAAGGAGUUCAAAUAGCGGCAUGAGGCAAAAAAUGUACACGUGUGUUGCACUGGUAAUCGUUGCCCUAACGAGCACGAUGCACCUUGGUGUCGAGGCAUGGGGUGGUCUCUUUAAUCGUUUCAGCCCGGAGAUGUUAUCAAAUCUUGGCUAUGGUAGCCACGGUGAUCACAUGAGCAAAACAGGAUUAUACCAGCGUCCGUUGGCUACUAGCUAUGGAUAUUCUUACGACUCUUUAGAAGAGGUUGUACCAUGUUACGAAAGAAGGUGUACGGCUAACGAACACUGUUGUUCGUCUUUCAUUUGCGUAAACGUUGAUGGGGAUGUUGGCCACUGCGUUUUCGAAUUGGGGCAGAAGCAGGGUGAACUUUGCAGAAACGAUAACGACUGUGAAACUGGUUUAAUGUGUGCCGAAGUUGCCGGCAGCGAGACUCGUUCGUGUCAGCCGCCAGUGACUUCGAAUAAAUUGUACAGUCUGUUCGUAUUUCAAAGAUCCUCUAGUGUGCAUCGGACCAGUUGCAAUGGACCAAAUAAAAUCUGUCGUCCAGUACACUUCCGGCGAGAAACGGAUAACUGGACAAGGAAAUCGAAUCUUUAAACGAGUUGCCUUCGCCUAAGAGCUUCGUCGUUCCUCGUGUUACUGGUGAGAAUGGAAGAAGUGUCACGAAUCAAAUCCCUCUUUUUCAUUACGUUGAGAAAAAACUUAGGGUAAAUAUAUGUGUUACUUCAAAAUUCCCUGAAUUGUUUUGACGUUCGUAAUUCUCGCCUGUCGGGAUAACGAGAAGCAGGGAGAUUAUUAAACGCACUUUUCUAUUCUUUUCCUCCAAAUAUUAUACGACUGAUAAAUACGAUACAUAUCAGAAUAGUCCGUCUUAUAGAAUUAUAAGAUAUACUAUAUAUUAAUUCAGAGAAACAUUAUGCAGCGUGUCUUUAAAGAUUGAUACUAAUUCCCGAUGAAUGAUGAUGCGUACAGGGUGUGUGAUGGAAGAGAAAAAGUUCCCUCCUUUCCGACAAUUUGCUAGGCUUAUUUUCAUUCGCUCGUUCGUUUCUUUUUUUUUUUUUUU